AUGGAGAGAGCAAGUAAGCAGCAGUACCAGAAGGUCAAUCAGAAUGUGGAGAUCCAAAGGGCCCGUCUGCGAGAUGAUAUUAAGGAAUACAAAUUCCGAGAAGCACGUUUGCUGCAAGACUACACUGAGCUUGAAGAGGAGAACAUCUGUCUCCAGAAACAAGUGUCUGUCCUGAAACAAAAUCAGGUGGAGUUUGAAGGCCUGAAACAUGAAAUCAAAAGGCUUGAAGAGGAAACAGAAUUUCUCAAUAGCCAGCUAGAAGAUGCCAUGCGGCUGAAGGAGAUCUCCGAACGCCAGCUUGAGGAGGCCUUAGAGACGCUGAAGACAGAGCGGGAGCAGAAGAACAAUCUUCGUAAGGAGCUCUCCCUGUGUCAUUACUGUUAA